GGAGGCGAUGGCGGCACCGCCGUGACAUCACCCCGCGGCUUAUAUAGUUGGGGAAGGGUCCGGGUCCCCCGCCUGGUGCCUGCAGCCUCCCGCCAGCGCGCGUGCUGAGGGCGCGGAGCGGCGGGGCUCUCUGUGUCUGUCUGUCUGUCUCUCUCUCCGUCUCUCCCCAGGAUUUAUGGACUUUACUUUCUAGAGGGCGGCGCGGCAAGGAUGAGAGCCCAGCUGGUGUGCGUGGUGCUGCUGGCCCUGGCCUCCUGCAGCCUCUGCUCAGAUUCAGAAGAGGAAAUGAAAGCGUUAGAAGCAGAUUUAUUGACCAAUAUGUACACAUCAAAGAUUAACAGAGCAAAACUUCCUUACUGGAAAAUGAUGCUGCUAAAUGUCUGCAAUCUUGUCAACAACAUAAACAACCAAAUGGGGGAAACAGUAGAGGUAGAUGAAGAGGAUCUCGUUUCAGGAAGACAGUUUCCUGCUGCUCUGGAUGGUUUCAGCUUGGAAGCAAUGCUGACAGUGUAUCAACUCCAAAAAGUUUGCCACAGCAGAGCCUUUCAGCAUUGGGAGUUAGCUCAGCAAGAUGCUUUUGAUCUAGAGAACUCAAGCCAAGAGAAGGAAAUAAUGAAAAGAAAAAAUCCCUAUAUUCUGAAACGGCAGCUACAUGUGAACAAAGCUAGAAGACCAUACAUACUCAAGAGAAGUUCGUAUUACUGAUGCAGCAGAAGAAAGCAAUGUAUAUUUAGUUUAUAGGUAACUGUGCGUUAUGGUUAUCUUAUUCAAAUCCAAAAUUAUACUUGUGUGAAAAUAUACUAUGGAAAAUCGUCGAGAUGAUAACAUAACUGUCUUUUUUGCAAUUGCUCUUUCUUGAUUGUGAUUUUUUCCUACUUGAGAUUAAUUGGACCAAUACAUUUGCAAAUAAAUCUAGUUUCUAAGCAUGAUGUAUUGUACAAAACUGAGAUUUCAACAUAUUUCCAACAACAUUGUAGUCUUUUCCUAUUUUAUAAAGCACACCAACAUACACCAAGAGAAUCGAUAUUGUCCAUAAACCCUAUUGAGAAUCUUACAAUUUCUUAAUGCAACAUCUAAAACAUAUACAUGCUUGCAAAUUUUUGUAUAAUACACUAGUCAGAACUGCCACAAUGUUUUAUAUGUUGGCCAGUUUAAUUUAUUAGGGAUUAGGUCUAAUGAAGAAAGAAAAUAUCAGCUAGCUAUUAAAUAGCAGCUUCAAAAUUCAUAUUUUAAAUAGCCUACUUGUAAAUUAAUUUUAAAUUCUUGACUCCUAACGCCACUGAAGAGUCAUAAUUUAAGAAAACAAUACAUAAAUGAGACUUUAACAAAGUGUGUUAGUGAGAACAAAUCCAGAUGUGCGUCUGUCUUGUGUAUCACCAACUAAAUAAGGAAAACAGUUUAUUAAAUCAGUAAAAGAAUUUACAGUGUUUACCUAAUCUAUGAAUGCUCAGGAAAAAAAAAUAAAGACAAAAAAAUAAAAGCUGAUUCACGCUCCUGUGCUGUCACUGUUAAAAUCAGAAUACUAAUCUGGUUAUAUGAGAGACUUGAGAGAAAUAUUUGAAAGAGGAAUUAAAAUUAGAACAUCUAAAAUUUACAAUUAAAAGGCAUUUUCUUUCCCUCCCUCUGCAAAUCUGUGACAACAACAGGCAGUUUCAGGGGUUAAAAACAGUCUUGGAAGCUGAUGGAGGGAAGCUGCCAGCACGAAAAAAGUUGUUUUCAAGCCUUGAGAAAUCGAGUGCCACCUGAAACUUACACAUUUUCCAGCUCUGUGUCUGCGAUAUGUACAUGGGAUUCAGGAUCUCAAUGAUCCUGGGUUCCAGUCUGGAGGAAAACAGUCUGAAAGGACUGGGAGUCACAACAACACUCAAAAUAGAGGGAUAAUGCAAGACCCAUGAAGCCUGGAUGUUCAGACCAGGAGGCAAAAAAUGGGACAGAUGUUGCUUUUGAAAACCUACCUGUUUUCUGUUUGAGGUAUUUCCUCAAAGCAAUGCUAUUCCAACAAAUUGCCAGAAAAAAAAAAAAAAAAAGAGAAUUUCCAAAUCCUUUCACAGGUCAGAUUUUCUGUCAAUUACUAUUCAACAUACAGAAGGAUAUGCAUAGAAAAAACACACCCAUACCAAUGGUUUUACCAACUUAGUUUCAUGGGGAGGGAUUGGUUUUCUACAAUAAAAUGUAUAUUCGCUAUAUUAAAGCUAAUGAUAUACCCUUUUCUCACUGCAAAUGUCAUUAAUAAGUUUAUUUAUUCAAUAGCCACUAAAAGCAUGCACUCACAAGAUAUAACUGAGUGUACACUAAUUACUGUAAUAAUCAUUAUGACUUCAAUACAGCAAAGCACUUAAGCACAUUUGGUCUCAAUGUUUUAAAUGCUUAAUGUGCUUAAGGGCUUUGCUUAAAUAAGGUUCUAGUAGAUUCAUAGCUUUUUUUUUUUUGUGUGAAAUUAUCGUAGAAUUAGACUGGAGACACAGUAUACUCUCAAGUAGCUAAGAAACAUCCGUAUUUCCAACAAAUCUACAAGCUCCCUGGUCUUAUUAUGGACACUUUGAGAUCUAAAUUACUUGUUGGUCUGAAAUAACAAAGCAGAAUAGAGUUUGUUCCAAAAUUCACUUCUAGCAAUACAGGCGGAAAAAGAAAAGAAACUACAGAUCACUAUUUCAUGCAGAACAUAGAAGAAUAAGACUAAAAGAAAUAGGCUGCCAUGAUAUUUUUCUCUCAUUUUUUAGUUUAAGAGUAUGAGUUAUAAAAAAAAUUAGUAAGGUAAGGUAAUGUGGUUGCCAUUUGAUAGACAGUGUUAGAAUUUUUGAAAACAAAAGCACCUUUCCAUGUUUCAUUUUGGAGGUGAUUUAGAUAUUCAGGGUGAUGGAGAAGACCUCAGAUGAUGAUGAUGAACUGUUCCACCUUCAUCUAGUGCUCCACGCUCAAGUGGGACUUACCCUGUGACUGUGUACUUGGUCCUUGCAGUGCAGAGUUAACCGAUUAGCCAGACUGCCUGGCUGAAAAUGGCUUAAAAUAACCCGUUUCCUUUCAGCACGCUGUGAACCCACACAGGGUCAGCCGUGUGUCACUCCAGCGUGUCACUGGAGAAGGCGGAGCUUGAAGUAUGGCAGGAGGUAGCUUGUUCAGUUGUUCCCUAACCUCUGAUGGAGGUGUUCAGGGAGCUGUCAGAGGAAUGUCAUCCAGAGUCAGACAGUCCUAACUGGAUGAGGAAACAAUAUCCACAAUUUUAACAUGGUCAGUAAAAGCCAAUGCUGGCAUUUGAGCUUAUUGGUCAUGGGUGAAAAGCAAGUACAGCAGCAUUAAAAUGUUAGAAAACACACUUAAACCAUACGAUCAAGCUAGAUAUACAGAACUGUUAAGUGAUAGUUUGAUGUCUGGGGGACCCUAAUUUUCUUGCAAUCUCAUCUCAAUUCUAGCUGUCGCUAUCUCCUGAUGACCUCACUGCUGUGGAAUCGCAGCCUUUCUUUAGCCCUCCUUUUCGGAUGAUAGCAGCAAAAAAAAUACGCAGGCUUAUGCAUAUUUGUCUCUAUUUUGCACAUUCUUUCAGUGGGAUCCUCAGGGUACCUGCCUUGGCCCCAGCUGUGCACUGUCUGCAAAGUCAAUGCUGUAUUUGCAGCAGCAAUGGGUGCUGAAUGAAGUUCAAGCCAGAGGAGACCCUCACAAUAUGUAAAGAUUUAUAAAUUCAAACAGCUUUCCCCCCCCCCCUUUUUUUUUCUGCAGCUUGUAAUUGCCUUAAGUUUAAAAACGUUGUUUGAAGACCAUGAACUCAGAUUGCUUCCUUGGCCAAAAGAACUGCCUCCUGAUAUGGACAGUUUUGUUUUAUAAAGGCAAUUACUGAGAGAUUUGCUGUCUUUCUCCAUCUUUGCAAAGGAGCACAUUUUUCCUACAUAGUCCAUUGCUGAUGUUUUUAUGAAGUUCAUAGAUGAAUAAUUACACCAAUUAUUCAGAAACUUUAUACUUAAUUAUUCCUCUUACUCCUAAUAUAUUGGAUAUGGUCAUGCUGAGCAAUUGCAGAAACCUCUCAGUUAUUUCCAUUGUUGAAUUAAAUGUAACUGAGAUUUAAUUUUAUUUUCUAUUUUUUUAAUAGUUAUCAUCCAUAAUCUUACAAAUGCCCUAUACAAGAAAAGUGAAACAUAAAGAAAUGAAUAAUUUUAUCAUCUCUGAAGCAUAUAUUAGUUUUUCUUUAAAAGAAAUGUUAAAUAAUAGUUACUCUUCUCAAGGUUAAAUGUGGUGAUAAGUCUUCAGAUUCCUUGAGUCUUGCUUGUGGUAUAUUAUAAAAUUUGCUGUUUUCUGUCUUUUCUGUUGUAAGUCUAAACUUUGUCCUAAGUUUUAGGUAAGAGUUUAAUGGCUGUGGUGUGAACAGAGUGGAUGAAAUGUGGAGUUUGCAGAUUAAAAAGGGUUUAAUUUUGUGAUUUAUGACUGUGGCUAUGCCUUACACCCUACUCUUAACUAACACACAAUGGAGACAUGAUAAUUUGGUCUUGAUCUUUAUUCUUUUUCCCCAAGAUUAGUUACCAGUUUGCACUAUGCAGUAUCAAACUGAAGAUGCAAGCCACCACUAUAAUACUUGAGUGUAGGAGGGCAGAAAGAGGAGCAGGUCCUUCCUAAAUCCCCCAAGGUUCCAGACUGAUCAUUGAUGUUCUCCACAUCCAAAAUAUUGGACUGACUGAAGGCAGUCAUAAAACAAGAGUUGCAGAGAACCUGCAAAAUAAAGUGUACUGACUUCUGUGACAUAAUGAUAGAGUCAGAACUAAUACCUUUGUGUCCAGGAAGCAAAUAAAGUGGAGGAAGGGCUUGAUCUUCACAAGGAACAUGGAGAAUGAGAUUUUCAUUGCUACCAAAUUCAAGCAUUUCAAAGUCAUGGGGGGGCUGCAAAAAACCUGCAAAAUAAAGAAAUAGAUAAAUAAAUAAUUAAACAGCUCUGGUAUCUAAAUGAGGUAAUAAAUAGAUAUCAAAUGACUUAUAUUUCCCUCCAUUUACUGGACUGCCAGGGAGCACCUGAAUCACAUUUUUAAGCUUUGUGAACAAAAAGAGCUAAAACAUUUGUUUCUUUUUAUUCAUUGCUACUGAAUACUGUUAUUCUCAUCUAGUCUCUUGAAUUCAGCAGGUGUCACAUUAAGACACACAAAAAAGCACAAUGUUUAUGAUCAGAUUUCAAAACCUCUCAGGUCCAGGAUACUUGGAUGGGUCUGACAGACCCAAUAAUCAGAGAGUGGACUAGAAAAAGCUUUGUGGUACCUCAUUUGCAGGCAAGCUUUAGCUGGCUGAGUGACUCCUCUGAGGUGGCAACCUGGGGAAAUGGCAUGGGAGCCACCCAGGAACUUUUGGAGGGGUGUCAGCUAUUAAGAAACAUAAAGCCUUCAGGAGCUGUUAGUUGCCCAACUAAGACUUGCUUUUUCCAAGUAGAUGAGAGUGUACAGCUGCUGUCUCAGGAGACUCCUCACAUCCCCUCAUACAGAAGAAAAAGAUGGAACCAUACAUAACUGGACUUGAAUUGCCAAGGAGUAACAUUGGUCUGUUUGAUCUCCCAGUGGGUCAAGUACCAGCUGGUUUUGUCUUAAAAGUUACAGUGCAGUAUUAGUCUGGAAUCAUUUUCUAUUUCACUCCUGAAGUUCAGUUGUAGGAGUCUUUUGCAGGGUGUGUUUCUCUUAUGUGUACAUAAGGGGCUUCUCAGAUAGUCUACACAUUGCUUUCAUAAAUGACUGCCAGCAUAAAUGACUGCGGACCUCUGACCAGAUGUACUAUCUAAGCUGCUUAACAAAGUGUUAACAGUAUGUGAAUGAAAAACUGCUGGGUUUGUACGUCAGUGAAUCUGAUCUUGAGGAGUGACUGGAAAUAUCCUAAAAGACAAUCUUCACAUCAUUAUUGCAGCUUUUUCUGAUUCAUUUUCUAAAAAUCCAAGCUGCGUAACAGAUUUUUGUAAUCCAGUAUUUUAGAAUUUAAGAUGUUUUUCCCCUAUAAAUAUUUAACUCAAGGUCUGAAAUAAAUGUGUACAUAAAAAAAACCAAAAACCAAAAACCAACAACCUAUUAUGUGCUAUAUUUUGCAUUAUUUUCUUAAAGGAAGUUGUCACAGAGCAAUAUGACUUGGGAAUAAUUUUGUCUGGAUUGAAUUGUGUGGUUCCUCCAAAUUUUUUUUUCAAAACCAUAUUGUUUUUAUGUAUCUAAAGACAACUGUUCCUAGAAUCUAAUAUUGUAAAGCCUUUUAUUAGGAUGUAAAAAAUAUUUUAGUUGGUUCAAUGAAUAAUCCCUAUGGUUAAAAAAAAAUCCUCCUUAAAUAAAAUAAAUAUCCUAUUUUAUAGCAGGUAUAGAGGUCUUAGAAGUAGUCCACUUAAUAGUUCUUGCAUGAAUGAAAUAUCUUGGUUAUUUUUGUGUACUCCCAAAUCCUUAGGGUAGUUGUACAACCAAUAUACUGGAAUUGUUGUUGUGUUUUGGUAUCUUAUUUAAUGAUCUUUUAAAUAAAGAGCUGUUUGGAACAGACAA